CCAUAGAAUCACGCCUGACGAUGACUAAACUUCAUGUUCCAGUUGCAGUGGGCGAACUCUGUGAAAUAUGUGGUGAUGGAGGUUUUGAAGAGUGUAAAGUGACGUGUGAUCAGUGCAAAGUUGCGUGCCAACAUAUGUAUUGCAUGCGCCACAACAGUUUGGUAGCUCCAGAAAUUUGGUUUUGUCAAGAAUGUUGCCUUAGCAAUCACUUAGUUGUGGAAUUGCCUAUUGAAAACAAGAAAAGUGUGGUAAUUGAGGAAGAACCAACUCUUCAAGCACUGUUUUCGCCUUCUUUAAUGACAGGCGGACAGCCAAGAGUCCAUUCAUGUACUUCUCGGCGAAAGGGCAAUACAAGGAAAAAGGGAAAGAAGCUUUCAGGCAAGAAAUUACAAAAUUAAAACUGUUGAUUGUCCUUUUUGUGCUGUGAAAUUAUGCUUAAAUGUUUCUUUUGGUCUAGGAAAUUCUGUGUUGUUCAUGAUAAAAUGUUGUUAUUUAGCCCCAGAAUUUUUUCCUAUUAUUGGAAUAUUUUGGGGUUUUCUUUUCCUCAGAGUUGUUAUCUUUCAGGUAAUGAAAUUUUGGGGUUAUGUUUGAAAUUCAAAACUUUCUAAGGUUGAGCAUUUAUAGAAUGUCAGUUGUAAACAUUUAAGUAAA